CUGUUGGGGGAGGAUUCACAGUGCUGUUUUUAGCAGACAGUCUUUUUAGAUCAGACACUGAACCUGUAAAAAAAAUGUCUCUGACUCUUUUGUUCUGUUUGUGCUGGUGGCACCUAAAUGGUGUGCUUGGUGAGUCAGUGUCAGUAAUGGAGGGAGAUAAUGUCACUCUACACAGUGAUGUUAAUGAAAUACAUGAAGAUGAAGACAUACAGUGGAAAUUUGGAGCUGAAAAAUCUGUCAUAGCUAAAAUCAACAGAAAGAACCAAAUCUUCCCUGAUGGGAGAUUCAGAGACAGAUUGAAAUUGGAUCAUCAAACUGGAUCUCUGACCAUCACAAACAUCACAACUCAACAUGAUGGAGACUAUGAAGUAAAGAUUAGUGGAAAGAAACGGUCAACAAAAUCAUUCAGUGUUUCUGUCUAUGCUUAUCUGCCAGUACCUAACAUUACCAGAGAUUCUUCACAAAAUCUUUCAUCAUCAUCACAGCAGAAUUGUUCAUUGUUGUGUUCAGUGGUGAAUGUGAGUGAUGUGACUCUCUCCUGGUACAAAGGAAACAGUUUAUUGUCCAGCAUCAGUGUGUCUGAUCUCAGCAUUAGUCUCUCUCUACCUCUGGAGGUGGAAUAUCAGGAUAACAACACAUACAACUGUGUGAUCAACAAUCCCAUCAGCAACCAGACCAAACAUCUGGACAUCAGCAAACUCUGUCAGAGACAUUUAGGAAACAAAGAAAAAGUGAUCAACAAGGCAAGUGUUUACUAG